AUGUCCCAAAGAAACUAUCAACUUAGAACUUACACUCUCAAAACUAAAGAAAGUGCAUUACAAUACAGAGAUAUUUGGUAUGAUCAUGUUGAAAGUUUGAAAGUGGUUGGAAUUCAAACUCAUGGAAUUUUCAUUCCUGUUGAUUGUGAGGAGCAAGUGAUUGCCUUGGUUAGUUACAAUACUGAUAAAACAGUUGAGGAAUAUACAUUGGAAUAUAUGAAUAGUGAAGGAUUUAAGAAAGAUGUCAAGGAUUUUGAUAUUUCAAAUCUUGUCAAAGUUGAAACAAGAGAAAUGACAGCUAUUAAAGGAUCUCCAUUGCAAUAA